CGCAAAACAAACUGCCUCAACUUGCAAGUCAAAGCAUGAUUUGCUGUCCUGUCAUAGUUGUGGUGCAUCGAGCAUCGUUCGAAAAAGACCUAUUCAGGGACAGAGGGCACUUUCAUCUAAACGUUUGCAAAAUACUUUACGAAAUCCGAUACCAUCACUUAGAAGAACUAAAAAGAAGAAAGAAUAGUCAUAUCGAGAGGAGUUUCAACGCGGAAACUACAGGGCUUUGAUGAUUCAGAGUGGUAAUGGGGAAUGUUCAAAGUAGGUGUUCAUUACAGAAAAGGAAAACUCAAAAUCGACUGCACCGUAAAGCAGUAGGAGAAACAGAAGUUGGUCGGCCCGGAGCGUCCAAACCAUCACAACUACAACGAAGUGCCAGUCAAGGAUCUUUACGAAGGCGAUACUCAGAAUCUGGAAAUUAUUCUUACAAAACACCUUGGCCUGUUCCAUUGAGUGACACUGUCUUUUUGCCUGAGUAUGAUUUUAAGCAGGUAGUCAAGAUCAGCGACUUUGAGGUUUGUUUACAUAACAGUAAUAAUUAAAAAUUGCCACGUUUAAUUUAAUCCUGCUGAAGAGAAAAUAUUUCAAGACACUUUGGAUUUUGUCCAGAAAAUUUCCGUCAUUUACAGAAAUUCGUUGUAUCAUCAUUUUGCCAGACAGAGUAUUUACGGAUAAACAUAGCAUAAGAUUAUAAGGCUUGAGUUGAUUUCGUUGAACACAGUUUGUUUCCUUCAAUUUUUGGGAGUAGAAUCCACAGAGACCUUUUCGUUCUUUCCACGUCUGAUAUUUCUAUAUCAAUGGUUGUUUUUAAAAAAUUGCAAAUUAUGUAAUUUUUUCUCUCGAGUAAGAGCAGUAGAAUUUCCUGCAAGAAAGUGGAGUCCAUGAUUUUCCCAAAACUGCCGACAUGAAGGCAUUUCAUCUGAAUUUAACGAUCAUCAGGCCUUAAGUGAUCAAAAAAUUUCCUUUUUUCAGAAAUACCAGUGUAAUUUGCCACAAUCAGGAUACUGUCAGUGCCACUUUUCAUUCCUCUGUUGCAAAAACAUCCACCUAAUUGCAGUGACAUUGUCUUAGAAAUAAGCAAAAAAGAAAAAAAGCCAAAUUUGAAUUAGUUAUCAUAUAGUAUAAGCAUAUGACAUAAGCAUAUUUACUUUUUUCUCAGUGGGCACAGUAACGAAUCUCAGAAUCUGAUUGGUUCUUAGCGUAGUCCAUAUUUUCCUAUCUCUGCCCGUGGGCACCAUAACACUUUCAUGAGUCACUGAGAACAUUUCUAGGUUUGUUUCCAUUCUUCAUAUAUAAAGUUUUGUUUUUGUAGCUGAGCAUUAUUUUCAAGCAAAUCAAGCCCGUUAAUAACUUACUAAUUGUCUCUUUUCUCACUCUCAAAUCACUUUGGUUACCAGUAUAAAAUUGUUUUCAAAAUUAAUUUAUGGUAGCAAAUGUGUCAUUAAAUGGGUUGACUAGUGGCCUAAAAACAGUUUUUCUUUCUGUAAGAUCAUUUAAUGGUUUUGAAGAAAAAAUUGUCGUGACAGUCAUUGAACUUGAGUUUGUUUGCCAAACCAAUACACUCUUUCAAAAGUGUACUUGCACUUUUUUUUCUUACGCACUCUCUAAUUGACAGGUAUCAGAUUGUGACAGGUGUUUGUAAAAAGAAUGUUUCAAAGUAUGUUUGGAAGCCUUUUGAACCACUUUUGUUGCUAUACAAAUAAAAAUAUUUUGGUGAAGUCUCUUUCUUUAAUUUGCAUUAUCACUGUUUUAACUACCAUUUACUCGCAAAUAUUUUUCAGUUUUAGGAGGAUCUUGCUGUAAUUACAGCCCUAAUUCAUUCAGGUUAUUUUGGCAGGAAUUUCAUGAAGUUAAGGAAAACAAAUGUUGUUUGCUUAGGCCAGUCCAUAUUGGGAAAAACUGUGCCCUCUGUCUUGAGUACUGGCUGAGGGUGGUACUCAAGACCUUGGGCAUUUAGUUUUUCCCAAUACAGACCUCUUGGCUGGUACAUAUAUAUAUUUUAAUUUUUGGAAUUGCUUGAAAUCUAUCAAGAACAUCUUAUAUACUCUCAAGAAGUUUGAAAUCAUUUUUUGGUGGAGAUUCUGUGAAAAUUGUUCACCUGCUGGGAAUAGAGCUGGAGGGUAGUUUUACCUGUACAUGCUGAUAAAAUCCUAUUUGGCCAUUUGCCUUUUUCUUUUUUCUUUUUGCUUAUUCUUUAACACAUUAUUGCAAUUUGGUGUACAAGUGUGUAUUUGACAGAACAAAAAAAGAAGAGGAGUGUGUUUUUAAAAUGGUUGGUGAUGGUGAGAACAUGGUUACCCUUUUACUUUCUCAAUUGCACUUUAAUUUAUAGUGUGCAAAUUUCCACACAGAAGAUAACAUUGAAAAUCAAACAUACUUGUGGUUUAAAUGUAACAUGAACUACAGCAGGCCAUGCCCUUUUGAAGACUUUUCCUUACUCAAUAUAUUGAUGAAAAAAUUUGAAGAUGCCACUUUAAAGCAAUUUCAUACCAUAAACCCUAUGCAAAAAUAAAUUGCAAAUGAAGGUUGUAGAAAUAUUUGUCAAAGCUAUAUUAGUGUCCUGUGGAAACCUCUUGUGGAUGAUGCCUUUUUUUCCUAGUAAUGAUAAGAUAUACUCCUUACUGAUUCUUAACUUAUGCUUAUUUUGAAAUAUAAUUAUUGUGUGUUAUUCUAACUUGUGGAUGCCUAUAGUAUAUCUGUCUGUUACUUCUUUUUUCUUGAAGAUCCUGGCAACAGUUGGUAAAGGUGCAUUUGGGCAUGUAAGUAUUUACAUGUAUUGCUUAGUCUCUAGCAUUGAGAAAGCUUUUCAUGUCAUUUGAGAAAAUGUCUGUUUCUUGUUUUAAAAUGCCUUACUGAAGUGACAGCUGUAAUGUUUAGAGUGUAUGGCAUGGUAAAAGGAAUGAACCUGUAUUCAUUACAGCUUAUCAUAUGUAUUCCUGUUUAUGGAUCAAUGUUUACUCUUUAUCUGAACAUUGAAACAAAAUUGUGACAGUGCAACCCAUGUAACAGCAGUGACCAUAAAAUGCAUAAAGGACAUGUUACCCUUCAAUGUUCAUGUUAGCUACAAACCAGUUGCUAAGCCGUGUCACUUACUAGCCAACUUUAAAGACAAGGAUGAAUCCAAAAACAGACAGCAAGUGGUUUUUAGGAUAAAUUGGUCCAACAGAGACUCAGUGGGAAUCCAGGCUUUCUUUGUCCCCAGCUGGUGACAAGACAAAAUAACAUCUUUCUCUAAUUCAUCACAAAGUUCAAAAUUUACCAUCUUUCUAAUUCUGCUGAUGCAUAUGACAAUUUGGACAUUGUUGAUCCUAGUAAUAUGCAGGAGGUGUUACACAUGUGAACCUUAUAAUAGCUUGGCUCAGGUUAGAGGCUAUAAGGCUCAGUGGUAAAGCAUUUGAGUGUGGAUUGCAAAGGUUUGAUUCCUCUCACACUUACACACAAGACAAAAAAAAACUUAUUUCUCUCUUUUAUCACCCAGCCUAAAAGUUACCAUCUUUCAGACUAUUCAGUUGUUGUUGCUGUUUCCUCCAGGUACUUCAAGUGCAAAACAAACAAUCUAAUAAAUUGUUUGCUAUAAAGGUAAUUAUUUGCAUAAGCUCUUAUUUCAUAGCAGAAAACUAAUGUUUUACUUAACAGAAGUUAAAGGGCAUGUAAACCCAAAAAUACAUGUUUUUCUUAUACUAUAUAAAAAGUGGCGUAGAAAACGAAUUUGAAAUUAGUUUUGUCCAAUUCGACUUAUUUUAGGAGAAAAUCGGCAUUUUCAACUGAAAUUCCAUUUCCGGUAAAAACAAUAGCGAGAAGUCGUGACGUAAGCGGUGGAACCAAAAUAUUGCGCAACACAUAUUCCCCAGUAGAACUGGUGUGGGAGUUCGUGUAAGUAGCGGUAGUUCGGAAGAUGUUUUUUCAGAAGAUAGCGACUCGAAUGCCUUAAGCUUAGUACAUGACAGCGCUGGGGAUAAUCCAGAAUCUUCAGGAGAGUCUGGGCCACGUCCUUAACAAUAUGAGCCGUGUAGGGUUCACCGAAGCGAUCCGCACGAAGACAGUACAGAACAUGUCGACAGCGAUGCGACCGUCUCGGAAACUCAGACUGGUAUUUAAUUUACUUUGUGAUUUAUUUGUAUUUAACAUGAAAAUGCAAUAAAGCGAGGGUACAAUCUAAAGGAAUGCAACAGAAUUUUUUUUAACUUGAGCUUCUGAAAGUGUUUUAUAUAAAAUUAUCAAAGGUGCGAGUGUGGAACUUGUCAACCAAUGCCGACAACUCAUGAAAGUGUUUGUUGUACGGAAAUCGGGCAAUUGUGGCAAAAUGGCCUGAAACCCAGAUAAGUUGUAUCACUGAGCAUCCAGGUUUUCAGUCAAUUUGCCUCGAUUUCUGGGUGCUGGAGACGGCCAAGUACGCGUACAGGCAGCAGCAAAGCACAGAUAAUCACACCGGAAACGACUAAGCUAAAUAUUUUCUGUUUCAUCUGUUUUGUUACAUUUUGAGAUCGAUUUACUUGAGUUGUUUCUGCCAUUGAUUUAAUAAUACAGUACUAGAGCUAGUUGUUUUUCGCUUCUUUCCUGACAGGAAAUUUCGCUAAAUUGCCUACAGAUAGCUUGUUCGUUGGUGUUGGGGAUAUCUCGGCAAACACUUUAGGGUCGCUGUGCUAUCUUGUGCGGUAAACAAUAUCCUUCAUCUCAGAAGCAUUUCCAUCGAUAAACAAGUUGUAUCAUGUACAUUUCCUUGUGUGGCCUUCAUAAUUAUCCAACCCUGUUUGUGUUUGCUUCGAUUUGAAAUAUUGAAAAGAUAGUUUUGCAAGCUGAAAUCAGGAUCUUUUAAGUUGUACUCAAAAUGAUGAAUAUUGUCCUACUGACCUUUGAAUGUAUUUUCACUGCUGUGAAAACCGUGACACAAAUUCUUCUGCUGUUUCUCUGCAGGGUUUCUCAAAGGAAGCACCAAGUGGGGCUGGCUUGGAUUUUCUUAUAGAACAUAAGGGUUGAUUAUGGGAUCCUGUAUAGAAUUCUUUGUAUCGAACCGACAAAAUUCCAGAUCACGUUAUUACACACUGAUAUCAACGAAUUCUCUUUCUUUGAUACGUGUUUCGAAUUCAGGCAAAGGUUCAGACAUGUCAGUGUCUUUUACGGGCUCAGCGCUGGCUCCUGAACAACUGGCUCCCCCAUAAUAUUUCAUUAGAUGAGAAAAAAGAUGUUUUUAGAGAACCAAUAAAGCUAUUGUUGUUUAAUUAACGAAACGUUUUCAUGUAAAUCGAUUUUUUACUUUCUCUGUUGACCUCUAACUUUUGAAGAGCUCAACUUCUUUCUCAGUUCGGUCGGCCACUUCCGAAUCCUCGUCGUCUGCCGACUGUAUGGGUCGUUUUUAUACUUCCAAAUAAUUUGCUUCUGGUGAGGCCUGAAUCGUCGGUACAGCACCAGGAAGAAAAAUGACUGCUACAAACAACAGAACGUUCGAACGGCUCUACGAAAUUGGCUAUUUUCACUCGAACAAAUUUCACAAAUUGUCGCUUCAAAUUUGCUUCAUUUGGAAAUAUUUGCAUUGUAUGCCCAGUUUUGUUUGAAUCAGUACAAAACUGGACGACACAACGCUUCACCAUUACGAAAAAAUUGAAUAUAUUGAAGCAAACUGUAAGUAAAAAAAUCAUGACGAGACCAGCAAACAACGGCUGUAGAAAAGACUCCUUCGUGCCUCACGCGAUUAUAAAACGAGACUUUGGAGGGUCCACCCGUGACGUCACAGGAAAGAUGGCGCCAUUCAAGAUGGCGAAUGUUUCGAAUUUGGAAGAGCUUUUACAAAGUGAAAAUGGACUUUUGAGAAUAAACGAAUGGUACCUUUGGUGUACUUGAUAUAUUUACAAAACAUCUAUGUGAAAAGAAAAUGAACGUUUUUUGGGUUUACAUGCCCUUUAAAGGGAAGAUAUGAGUGGAGAGGAGAGGGUGCCAAGAGAUUAAACGUCUAGGUGUGCUUUGUUACUCUUGAUGUGCCCUAUUUAAAGCUGCAUUUGUGAAAUUAUUUGUAGCACUGUGGUUCAUUGUUCCUAUUUUUGCUAGAUACUGAACAAAGCAGAAAUAAUCAAGGGGAAUGCUGUUCAGCAGUGUAAAGAUGAAGUUAAUAUUCAGGUUAGGGAGUGUACAUUCAAAGGUUAUUUUUCUGCUAUAGAGAUCAUACAGUUAAUUGAAAGGACUAUCCCGUUGAAGAAUUGGAACUGGCUGAUGUCCUAAUCCUCAUAGAAAAACUGAGGUUCUUAUUUUAUCCCUCACUUGUUACAGAUAAUUUAUAUCUACCUGCGUUAGAAGUAUAUAUGAAAUUCAUCGUAAUUGUUAAUCAAUUGAAAAUAUUGUGAAACCUUGAAUUUGCUAGAAGUAGUUCUGAAUUUCAAUAAAAUUUCUCAGCCAGUAAGUUCCCCGUUGUAGGUAACAGGUGAGUGCAUAUAUGACCAUCCUAUAUGGGUGUCUAUGCAUUAUUUCACCUGUUAACAUUAUGAAAUGAAAGGAAUCUUCGCAGUAAUGAACACUACUUGAGCAGUAGUGAAAAUUAGGCCUGAAAAAAAAUUUAGGCCUGUACAGAAUUUGAACCCAUGAUCUCUGCGGUGCCGGUGCAGUGCCCUACCAACUGAGCAAACAAACCAAUUGGGAACUGGUCAUAUAAUGUUGAUUCGUAAUAAACCCAUGCAGUGAUGAAUAAAUGACUGUGAAUAAAUGAAAAUCAUGUAUGUGAAUUGCAGAUUAAGAAAUGAACAUGGAAGCGAUCUUGGCAGAAAUGAAUACUACUUAUAAUAAGCAAUAGUAAAAAUAAAACCUGAAAAAAGAAUUCAGGCCUGUAUGCAAUUUGAACCAAUGAUUUUCAUAAAUUUGCAGUCAUUUAACCAUACACUGUUACUUAUUAAUUCAGAUAUUAGAAAUCUAAAACUGUAUAGCUUAUUUAUAAGCAGGAUAUUUAUUAAGUUAUCUGAUCUUAUCUUUACAGAUACAACUUGGUGAAUUUCCGUUUCUUGUGAAAACUUGGUAUACAUGGCAAACUAAACACAAUCUUUUCAUUGGUAUGUGUCUCCUUUUUUUUUUUUACAGCAGGAGCUAGUAGGUGUACACGUUUGUUAGCAUUUAGUUAUUCUACUUUUAAAAGUUUUCAAACCUGAACAUUUGGGUGAUGAGACUCCAUGGCAACAAAUGUCGUGCAUAAUAACUAUUAAGUGAACUUUAAUAAAUUAAGUUUCAGAUUUUGUUGAUGGCAGUGAUCUGUACACAUUAUGGCGUCAAGAAAAGAGGAUAAAUGAGACAACUGUCAAGUUGUAUUCUGCUGAAUUAGCCAUUACAUUAGGUAAGAGCUCAAAGCUGAGAGUUCUUCAAAAUGUUACUUUGUUAAUACCCUCAUCUAUACAGAGUGUAAACCAGCCGUGUUCCUAAGAUCAAUCACUCCUUAUUACUUCCACUAUUAGAGGGAGUUGUUAAUUGAGCAAACCUUUGGUGGAGGCUGUUAUGCAGCUGUUUUCAGUGGCUUGACUUUAUUCUACCCCCUCUCGAAGGUUUCCUUCAGUUACGUACUCCUUUUCUUUGGUGGUCACGUACACUUUUAGGUGGAGUUAAGCGCUGCAAGAGUGAAGUCUUGUUCUUGGGGUGGAGAUGGACACAGAAACAUGAAACAGGAUUCAAAUUUUAUGAGCAUGGCUGAAGUCUGUUUUAACCCUUAAUAUUAAGUCCUGGCAUGCUCUGUAGUAUCACUUAAGAAUAGAGAGAUGGUACAGGCAAAGUACAGUUGUAGUUUGUGCAGUUCUUGUUUUUCUUGUGUUUCAGAUUACUUGCACAAAUCAGGGAUCAUUUACAGGGAUUUGAAGGUAGCUUACGCCCGCAAAGGGAGGGCCGCACUAGGGAAUAUUGGCCCGAGGCAAGUGCGGCACCGAGGGCCAAUAUUCCCUAGUACGGCUCGAGCUAGCGAGAUUAGUAAGUAGUUUGUUUCACGGCGCUUGAACCAAUUGGUUUGGUUUUUAAUUUUUCGGCUUUCGCGACCGAAAAAAAAAACGGCUUCGGACCGUUUCCGUGGUCCGUAUGUCAAAAUAAUAAGGAAGAACCAAUCAGAACGCUCGAAUUUACCUGAGGACUUCCUUGUCAUUUAUUAAAAAGUAUUUCUCAGCUGGCAAAUAUCAAGUCAGGGAAUAUUGUCUUUACUCUUUUACUUAUACGCGUGUUUCUUUUUAUUGAACAUAUAGCUUGAGAAUAUCCUCAUAGACAAUGAAGGUAGGGGAAUUUUUUUACUCUUUUCUCUUCAUAAGAGUUGUCCUAGGGAAACAUUAAUUUUGAUGUUUUCAUUCAUCAUGCAUAUUAGCCUUUGUGAACACUUCUGUUUCCGAUACUUCACUUCUUAUGCGAGCAACAUGCGUGUCGUCAUCGUCACUCAAUUCGCCCCAAUACUCGAAUCCAUAAUUGUUUUAUCACUUUCUCCACAAAGUUUAAGCCGCUGUACAAAUUCAGGAUGACUAGAGUUGUAAUUCUGUUGCUUUUACUGUUGCUAUAGGUCACAUCAAACUGGUCGACUUUGGUCUGUCAAAGUUAGUGAAACAUGGAGAGCGUGCAGGAACUAUCUGUGGGACCCUGCAGUACAUGGGUAAGGUGGUCAAAGGCUUUCCCUCAAAUCGAAAGUUUUGAUCGCUAGUUUCUACAGUAGGAAACACAAAGAUGAAACCCAAGUGAUCUAACUGUGGCGUUUUUUGCCUAUUCUACAGCCCCUGAAAUCUUGACUGGUAAGGAAUAUAACCAUAGUGUAGACUGGUGGAGUUUAGGUGUGGUGAUGUACAUUCUUCUCGCUGGAAAGGUAACACAAGUGCGAACGACUUUUUAUCCCCUUUUUGUGGUUACUCGAUAGAUAUUUUUGUCUGAAUCUUGGCUAUACCUGGACGCUAAAUUGGCACCCAAGGUAGCUUGUCUCAUGAUGAAAAAAAGUACCGUAUUUUCUCGAAUAAACAUCCCCGACAUUUAUUUCAAACUCGACGUUUACACUAAUUUUAUUGAUCCAUCCUCUGAAAGCCUGUGGUGUUUGGUCAAGACGGACCCAUUUACCCCUUCGUUCAUUCGCAACAAACUGCUACUGGGUCUUCUUCAAGGAUUACCAUCGGCAAGAUUACAGCUAUUACAUGGGGCACGCGAAUCGUAUAUUGCAACCCAGAUUAGUAAGAAACAAAAGAACAUAAACUGUGUAUGAGAUACUCGAACUUUACCAACAAUACCAACGUAGGGCACAUCUAUAUCGAGGCCUUGUCCCAUCUUCGCGUUAUCGUUAGACAUGGAGUGGGUAACCUCUUUGCAAUUAGGCGGGCUUGAAGUCGCUACUGUUGUCAAAUUUACGAUUUCGGGUCAUAAGAGACAACUCAUGUUCAAGGGUCAGUGAGUGUUAAUAGAACUUCAAAGAAACACUGGACAGCAGUCUCGGAACACUCCUUGUCUUCAUUUCUAAACGAAAGCAUUGUCCAGGCGUUUAUUUGAGGUAGACCUUUGUUCGGCUUCUGGUGGUAAGUCAUGAGGCUGCAGGUUGAUUUCUAUCCGUUUGUAAAGGUCUAAUUUUAGCCAAGUGCAUCCAAGGUUCUAGAGAAUGGGUAACGUAGUUUACCCAUAUGACCUCAAGGAUCAAGAAAGAUCAGGUUAUCUUUUAUGGCCCUAGAUGCUGGUGCCGCAGUAGAUCGGGCAGAAAGUGGAUAUCAAGUAUGAAGAAUUAGAGCUUUAGAUGUUCACGAUAUCUCCUGCCCUAAUGAGCUCGCCAGCACAUGCGGUCAGAGAGUUGGAAAGUAGCACCAAUUUUCACUGAUAAGGGCCGGGCCCGAAAUUUAUGGAAGUUUAAAUUCUCUAAUGUGGUGGUUCCUUUUGUUGGUGUUAACAUAACUCUUCUUCACCAGGUAACCUUGAAUACCUUUACAAAACUGGGCAUGUCGAAAGUUGUAACGGUAUCGAAAAUAUGUCAGCCAAAACGACAGGAAAGUCAUCUUUAUAAAUCAGUGGUUAAUUUAUAGAUAAUAUACUUCUUGUCUGUAUUGACCUACAGUAUCCAUACCCAGUCACACAAGAGCAUGCCACCCAGUUCAAAGUGGUCAGCGGUGUCGAGGUUGACUUUCCACCAGACCUUUCACCUAAUGCGAUCAGCAUUGUUCAGGGGGUAUUUACCUUUCCUUUUUUUACGUCUCCAAUUUGAGAUGAAGUUUUUUCAACGGAUGAAUUCUUUACAUAAUCUUUUAUAGCUCUUGCAGAAGGACCCCGCUUGUAGGAUAUCAAGUGUUGAAUCGUUUGAGACGCACGCGUAUUUUAGUGAUCUGUUGUUCAAGGACGUAUUGGAAAAGAAGGUGAGUUUAUGGACUGGUUCCAAGGUUCCAACACCACGCAGUCGUAAGGGAGUACAUUUGCACAUACAAAAGGAACUCUUGACACAGAACGUUAAGGAUUGACAGCCUCAGUUUUCCUACUUGUCUCUAAUUCGUGUAACAUUAAGCACAGUAGGAUACCACUCACGUUCCACUCGAAUCAAACGCAUUACUUUUGAAAACUGCUAUUGCUGCGAAUUUGAACAGAGUUGUUAAAAAAUUGUUUGUGAGGCUCAUUGUUAGGUGCCUGGGUUUUGUUCUAUAAUUUUGUUAGUUUUACUUUAAUAUGCUCUUGUUCCGUGUGCGCCAGUUUGUGCACUGUCCCUGCUACUAACGUUUUUUACAUUAGACGCGACAUAGGGCUUUUCCUCGUUUCAUGCCCCCACAACAUUCUCCCCAGUGUGUCGACAGCUUUUUCGACGUUAACGAUUAAACUCAAUCAGCUUAUUGCUUGUAGCGAGAACCCAUUACCGUGGAAACACUCAAGACAUUAAGGCGGAGAAGCAUCGGAUCUAGAACGUGAGUUGUCGGUGUUCAUGUUGUUGAUGCCAUGGUUAGUUGCAGUGUUAGACUUCUGUGAAGUAGCCUUAUUUGUAUUUGUUUUCUUGUCAGGAUCUUCCCCAGAAGAAUCGAAAGAAAUCGUCGAGAGAAGAAGGUGGGUCUUAAAGGAUGAAUAAUGCUGCAGGCAGCAACAUCCACACUUCUGACGGUUCUGUAUUUGAACAUUGGUCGUAUGUCUACUACGACCACUAGUAUAAAUGCUAUUCCUUUGACAGAAGGGUUUUUCCGUGCAGUAACCAGUCAGGAGUUUUGUAGUUGAUAUAUCAGUCAUCAAGUGACCUUUGAUGGCAGCGACAUCUACUCUCGGCCAGAGGCAAAGGCCUCAUUAUUGGUCUCCGAGUAAGCUUCUACUCUGCACAUAUACUAAGCAAAAGUUACUCAGGCACUCUCCCCUCCCCAAUGAGUUUUUCAUGAAACUCGUUACUCUUAAAGCAAUCUCUUUUCUCGUUUUACGCAUAUAGCCCCGUCCGUUGUCGUGGGCGAAUCCAGGAAACUUCACUGUGCGAGAUAAAACCCACAUGGACUGGCUUGUAGCUGACUUGGGAAGUCUACGCACACUAACGCUCAGCAGUAACACAGAGGAGGGCGCCAGAACUGAGUCUUUAGUGGCUUCGUGAAAAUGGUUACAGGUGAAGUGUUAAAGAUCUGAAAGGCCGCGAUGGUGGACCAUAUUCUGGCUACUGGGGCAUUUAUUUCGUGCGUGACCAGAAGAACUCAGGGUCCAUGAGGUAGAAUCAAUAAAUAAUGGUUGGGAGUUCUGAAUUAAACCGCCUGGUGAGAUCAAGGUAGCCGUAGCUAAAAGUGGUGUGAGCCCCAAAAGAUCUGAGUUUUGAACAAUUAGGAAAACUGGUGAUGUUGUGUGACGACAGGCAUCCCUACCCUUUUCACAUAUGAUCUCUUUCACCUCACCCUCCUGCACAGUAUUUAUUGAACGGAUUUUUAAUAUAAUAUAUUUUUUAAUAUAUCGAAGUGUUUCACGCUCCUGCAUGCAUUUCUGAGAAUAGUUCAGUUAAUAUAUACAGUGUAUAAAAGAAACAUUCAAACGUAUUAUAAUAAUUUUAUUAUUAUGAUGAUGAUGUACAUCAUAGAGAAAUAUCCAAUACGAAUAUGCGUACUAUGCGCAUUUAAUAGAGAUCCUAGAGGUUCUUACAUCUCGUUAUAAUGUUAUGCUGUUGCAGCAGACCGUCAAAUUGUCAGACAUGCUCCUUCACGACAAUUGUGACUUUCAGCUGAUGUAAAUGCAGUCGACUCUUGAUAACUCGAUCCUAUGUGGGAAACAGAAAAAAUUUAUAGUUACCGGGAGUUUAGGGGAAAAAAUGCAGAAAAUAGAGGCGAAAUGGUAUUAACUGUUCCUCUGUUCUUAUAGUACAAAUUCUGAUCAAAUUUUGAUCAAAACGUAGACUCGUGGAGUUAAAAUGGAACACUUUGAAAAGACCCUAAAAGCAGCACAGUGACAGCAAAAUAUAUGGCACUAUAUUGAGAUGUAUCCUACUGGAAAAACUCGUUUUUGUUGUUCGCGAAAAGGAAGGUGACAGAAAAAUGCACAACUGCUUCAAAAUGAUUCAAUCUGUGGACUACAGUGCCAUGUGUUAUGUUUUGGUUAAAGUCAUCAAGUGUCAAAUUAUACGGGGAGUGUCUAGAAGGUAAACAGAAAUUGCUCUUAAUUAGCGGAGGGGUUAUGUUAUCAAUAGUCGAUUGUAUUAUGACUUAAAAGCAAGAUUAAUUAAUAAUGAAAACAAAACUAUGGCAUAAGAAGCACGCCGAUGGUUCUUAAUUAUGUCAACCCUAAAAGCAUAAAUACCACACUGCGGGUAAAAAAAAAAACAACAACUGCUAACUAUUGGCCAUAUUAUCUAUAUUGAAAAUGGUGCCAAAUUUCGGAGGAAAUCUACCGGAAUGCGAAGAUGACAGCCAGUAGUUGACUAGCACCCUGAGAGGAGUUGUUUCCGAACACCAACAGUGUAAGAACAAUUAUAUUAAAAGCCACAGGUUUAUGAAAGCUUGCCUUUUUUCAUUGUUCCAUUAAUUUAUAAUGUUAACUGAAACCCUUUUCGUGUAAUUACAAAAUCGUACGCGCGCGCAGUGCGAGUCGCUUUUCUUUUGCUUGAAUCCUUAAAGUAUUUAUACUUUCUAUUUAGCUUCUCACUUAUUCUGAGAGUAACAUGUUUCUUUCAAUUUCAAGAUUUAUCUCUGAAAUCGAGUACGAUAGCAUUCAAAUGACAUGUCGCCAUUUUUAUUAGCGUGAGUCGGAAAGUAAAUCUUGACUUAAACAUCUACUGUUGAACCAAAUUGUCAAAAUGGUCUUUAAAAUUGCAAUUUGGAGGUAUUGAUGGGA